GGAGGAGGGGGUAUAGGUGGGGUAUACAGUACACUUCAGCCUGGUGGGAAAUGUAAGCUGCAGCCUCUGUUACAUACUGCAACAGUGUCAAGCAAAGUUUGGGAUCACUCAAUCAAAAAUAUAAGAGAAAAGCUAAAACUAUGGCUUCUGUUUCUUUUUAGUUUUCCUUUUAAAUCAGCAUUUAACUUAUAGCUAAAUGCUAUACAUUAAUUGUUUCUGUAGCAGGCUGUCAGUUUUUAACCAUCCACCCUUUUGUCUAAUAAUCUUUGUAUGUUUUUUUUCCUUUAGUAUCAACUAAUGUUACCAUUUUUUUUCUUUCUCCUCAGCAUUAUUAACUUAUCAGACAUUUUUUCCUCUUUAUACACGGAUAGCUUAAACCUAACUAUAAACUGAAACAACUAGCUUUUUGUUGUUGUUGGCUAGCUAUCAGUUAGCGGAAUUCAUGAUGACUGCUUGGUAACCUAUGUGUUUGUGGUUCUUUAUGGUUUUUAUUGUAUAUUUCUAUUGUAUAUUUUAGUAUAUAUUUACAAUUUCUUUAAGCAUCGUCAUGUUAAAGACCUCAUAGUCUUGUAUCACCCCAAUAGAUCACUUCACUGUCAGACUGCAGGCUCGGUUGCCAUGACAUUUAAAAGCAAAAUGGGAAGCAGAGCCUUCAGCUUUGUGAGCGCUCUGUUUUGGUACAGCUCCCAAUUUGGAUUUGUAACACAGACAUUCUCUCUACUUUUAAGAUUAGGCUUAAAAAUCUUGUAGUUAGUUUUUUUAUUUGUAGUUUUUCUUAGCACUAUUGCCAAGUGGUUGCGCACAGGGGGUCCUCUGACUGUUAGGGGGUUCACUCCAACCGACAAUAUAAAGUGCCUUGAAAUAAUUAUUGUUGUGAUUUUGUGUAAAUAACAUUGACUUGACAUUUUAAUAUUUUAUGUUGAGUAUUUUACUCGAGGCCUCUUACUGUCUUCCGGUUGGGGGGAGGAGGUUUUUAGUAUGAUAUUAAAAAGCGUUACUGUCCGCUGGUGUAAUGUCUUAGUGCUGCCGCUGGGCGGCCGCUAAUGUUUAUUCACGAGCUACACGUGGUUUUGGUCCACGGUAAAAGCUGGAGAAGUGAGACGCGCAUAGCGAGAGGCUUCCGGAGCAGCACCAUGUCUCUGUACCGCAACUCCGCCUGGUUCCUGAAGGGAGUGACUGAGUUCACCAGGAAUGCCUUCUUAUCAGCAUCUAAGCGGUUUGCGGAGAAGGACCUGGAGGUGUCUGUGGCUGGACGUUCCUUUAUGAUAACAGGAGCCAACAGUGGCAUCGGAAAAGCCACUGCCAUGGCCAUUGCCAAGAGAGGUGGAACGAUCCACAUGGUGUGCAGGAAUAAGGACAAAGCUGAGGAGGCAAGGGCUGAUAUUGUCAAGGAGACUGGAAAUAAAGAGGUCUAUGUUCAUAUCCUCGACCUGUCUGAGACCAAGAAGGUCUGGGAGUUUGCUGAGGGCUUUAAGAGGAAGUACAAGUCUCUCAAUGUACUGAUCAAUAAUGCGGGUGUCAUCAUGAGCCAGAGGGAUCUGAAUGCAGAGGGGCUUGAGAAAAGCUUUGCUACUAAUGUCCUGGGGGUUUACAUUCUCACCAAGAGUCUCAUUCCACUGCUGGAGAAGAGUGCGGACCCCAGAGUGAUCACAGUGUCAUCAGGUGGAAUGCUGGUGCAGAAGCUCAGGACAGGAAACCUGCAGUCUGAGAGAGGCCGCUACGACGGCACCAUGGUCUACGCCCAGCACAAAAGGCAGCAGGUGGUGAUGACAGAGCAGCUGGCAAAAACUCACACUAACAUCCACUUCUCCGUCAUGCAUCCUGGCUGGGUGGACACUCCAGCGGUGGCCAAUGCUAUGCCAGACUUUCAUCAAUCCAUGAAGGACAGCCUGCGGACCCCAGAGCAGGGUGCCGACACAGUGGUAUGGCUGGCUGUCUCUGAGGCUGCUGUCAAAAACCCCAGUGGACGUUUUUAUCAGGACCGGAAGAUGGUGUCCACCCACCUGCCUUUGGCCUGGACCCACAGCUCCCCUCUGGAGGAACAAAAGUUAAUGUCUGUACUGGAGGACUUAGCCAAGACGUUUCAGUCACACUAAGUUGGCAGGAGACCGGUACAACACUAACGCAACAAGUUUACAUUGACUGAGGCUGGGCUCAGAUUUCUUCUUUUUCUUUUUUUAAAUAAAACAGAUCAAGUUCCCCAGGUGAUGGAGUGAGAAUGAAUCUUCAGUGAUCAUUUAAAGUGGCAAUGCUAUCUGUAGCCGCUGGUUUAAAGUAGGAGUGCGAGUGCUAAGAUGUGUUUGGGAAUCCCAGCCUCAUAAUGCCAAACUAAAGUCACAGAUGAUGAAGGGAUUAGCGAGAUUUGUAAUGCUUUAUUACUUACAUAAAGAAGCUUUUUUAUGUUUUUCAGACUUUAUGAGGACUAAACACUUUAUUGUAGAAGUGUUUGAUAGUGAUGCUUUUAUAGGUGAGUUAUUGUGUCGAUUUGGAGAUCCCUCAUAAAGCACAGACAGCACAACCUGUCACUGAGACUUUAUUAAAGUUGUCGAUCAGAUGGGAAUCUGAUGGGACCAAAGUCACACACGACUAGCCACGGGUUCAGUGUCCUGCUUGUGUUCUGAUGACUUACAAACGUAAGCAUGUGUGUUAGAAAGCUCUGUAAGUAACCUAUGUAUUUGCUUUACUGUAGUGUAGUUUUUGUAAUGUUCAGGCUGAACCCAGACUGGUACUUGUGCUGUACUCUUUAUGAGCUUAGACACACAGUGCAGCAGCAUCACUUGACACAUGCAAUAAAAUCUGUAGAUUUAAAAUUUGGUGAUAUCUGCCGAGCACCUUAAAAAAAACAAACAAACAAACAAAGUUUUACUUACUGUGACUGCACUUGACUUUCUUGUAAAUGCUUGCUUGAAUAAAGAACAGCAGUGCUC